AUGAUGACCGCUUUAUGUGAAGUAGCCACAGAUGAUAUGAAUGAGAAACAAAUGCAGUGUUGGCAUGCGUUCUUCGAUGAAAUUCAAACAGCUUUCAACGAUGGACUUGCAAAUCAACGACAAAAUUAUCUUCAGAAAUGCAUGUCAAAAAAAGAAAUGAAAAUUUUAAAAACUAUCUGGCGACAAAUCCAAACCAAAUAUAUGAAGGAAGAUGGAAAUCUAACAAAGUGUAAUGCUUUGAUGUACGAAGCACUCCAAUAUCACUGUGAAAAGAUACCUAAAACAAAGAAGUAUAUAAGAAAACUAAAAGAAAUUGCCCAUCAGAGCAUUGAUGCAGUGGACAAAAUAAUAGAUGCAUAUGAUAGCACCUGUGGAUUAGCAGAAUUGAAUGACCGAUUCGAUUCUUACUGUUACCUGUGCUGUACUUUAGGUGAAAGUCCACGAACCCUUUGGAUUGCCUUUAAUACAGGUUUUGCAAAUAUCAUUACUACCAAAGUAAAUGAAGAUAGAAUUUGGGUAAAACAAAUAUGGUGCAAGAUUGCCCGCAUCUUAGAACAGGUGUAG